AUGCCUACACUUCGUCCCCCGCCCCCACCCCAAAUACGUCCGCAUACGCCACUCCCCCCUUCCACCUGCUCUCCACACCAACAAUGGCGCCUCCACGCCACCAAGUGCGCCUGCCCUUGCUCAACAAGCCGGGCGCGUCCCGCUUCUUCAACCUACUCACAGCCCCGCUGGGCAUCCCGGCCAUCGCCAUCGCCCUGAUCGGCGUGCUCGCCUACGUCAAGACCCCCGCCCCCCCGCCGCCACCUUCCGAAUAAACCUACCUAUUCCCACCC